AGACCACCGAACCAUCUGCGUAUUCCAGAGCUGCCUCGAUACAGUUCUGGGUUGCUGGAAGAUGCCUUUGCGGCAUGAUGCGCCUGAUUUGACAAAUUGUAUAUUUUCUGAUGAUAUCAUUGACCAUCGGUGACGCACCUUUAUGGAACCAUACCGUUCGCUUUAGCUGUCAAUGUCCACCAUUCGUUUUUGUCGUUUUUUAAUUAUUUGUACAUUUCAGACCAGUAUGUUCCCUUCGUGCUAUUCAAAGCCGACGAGUUCAAAGGACCUAUUCAAAAGGACUUCUCUGACAAAGAUAUUACUAGGAGUGUUCGUCGUGUAUAUGUUACACACCUGCUGGGUGAUCUAUGGCUUCGUGUACACCAAGCCUUGUGAGAGAGGUAAAGGAGACUGCAUUUCUUCCUACCUUGCAGAAAGACCCCGUCUCCAGCUCAGCAUUUUCUCCAGUUUGAGGCCUGACGACAGUGAACUCAACCUCAUCAUCAAGAUAGAUGACUUUGACAUACAUUCUAAUUUUGAAAGGGUGGUGAAUGUAUCCCUGCCAUUGGCAACACGUAACAACGGGACUCUGCACACAUUGGUUUAUGUACACAAGUUUGGAGUGUCUCCCUUGCAGGAUAACCGGCAGGUCCAUCAUGUUGCCCAGCUCAGCACCUACAUGCUGUCCAAAGGAAAUCUCAGCUCUGCUAAAGAGAUCCUCAAAAAACAUGCUGUCACUGCUCCUCGAGUUGUAGACCGACCCAUCUCUCACUGGAGGUCCCGUCUAACCCUAAACAUGAUGUCAGAGGACUUCACCUUCAACAGAGGGACCUUGCCAAGUGAUGUCCGGCGCUACAUGAGAGUAUUUCAGGAUGAGAACAGGAUGGUAUAUCUCCCACUUUUACACAUUGAUGAACUCAGCGUCAGGGUAAAGGAUAUGAUGGAGAUUAACGGCUCCACAACCAAACUACCUCUUACAAUAUCCUACGAAGGCCUAUCACUGAGGCAAUUCCGUUUCUGGAUCCACAUGCAGGAUGUAAUGUUUUCACUGAAACAUUUUGGGUUCACUGAGGUGAAUAUAGAUGAAAUCAAAGGUGUUCUUGUGGACAACAACUUAUACCUGUUAGCAUUGACUACCCUGGUGACUGCAUUCCAUUUCAUAUUUGAAUUCCUGGCCUUUAAAAAUGACAUAAGCUUUUGGAGGAAGAAGAAAAACAUGGUGGGCAUGUCUCGAAAAGCAGUGCUGUGGAGAUGCUUUAGCACCAUAGUGAUUUUCCUGAAAAUGCUGGAGGAACGAAGCAGCUUGCUAGUUCUCAUUCCUGUUGGAAUAGGAAUCAUAAUUGAGGUAUGGAAGGUCAAAAAGGUUUCCAAAAUACAGCUACAGUGGAGAACGUCUAGGUCUAUAGUUCAUGUUGGUAAAUUUGAUGAAUCAGAGAGAAAGACUACACAACAUGACACACAGGCAAUGAAAUGCCUGUCUUAUUUAGUGUACCCUCUGUCUAUUAGUGGAUCCAUCUUCUCUCUGGUAUACCUGAGGUAUAAAAGCUACUAUUCAUGGUUAAUCAACAGCCUUGUCAGUGGGAUUUAUGCUUUUGGAUUCCUCUCUAUGGCUCCUCAGCUGUUCAUUAACUUCAAGUUGAAGUCUGUGGGCCAUUUGCAAUGGAACGUAUUGAUGUAUAAAGCAGUCAAUACAUUGGUCAACGAUGCCUUCGCCUGUGUCUUCAGCACACACCCAUCCCACCAGCUGGGCUGCUUCAGGGAUGAGGUUCUGUUUCUCGUCUACCUUUACCAGAGGAGGCUUUACUCUACAAACAAGACCAGAUGUCGUGAGUAUGGAUCAUGCCACCACAACCACAGGAAACUCAAAGCCCAAUGAUGACUGAGGUUAACACCAGAAAACAGAGUUGAAUGAAGGAAACAUACCUGCACAUGGUGGGGUUGUAAACAGCAUGGGAGAAUCUCUGAGGGUGCAGCGGGUUUAUUAUAAGCCUUUAGGAAAGUUUAUCAUUAGUUUUGUAAGUAGAGAAUACAGCUUAUUUUCUGUCAACCCUGUGUUGUUCAUCAUUAACCACUGAUAUUUCCAUGUGUUAUGUCUGACCUUAUGUAGCCUACUGAAGCAUGAACCUUGGGUUAUUUUUAGUGAUACAUAUUGAUUACUGCAUUGUUGGGUUUGGAGCUUGCAAGAAAGGCAUUUCACUGUACUUGUGGACAUGACAUUAAAAUUUGAAACAGGAAGCUACCCCUCGCCCUGCCUGCACUGCUCCAUAAUACCAGAUAUAACCAGUAUGUAGCCUACUGAAGCAUAAAACUACCCCUUGCCCUGCCUGCACUGCUCCAUAAUACCAGAUAUAACCAGUAUGUAGCCUACUGAAGCAUAAAACUACCCCUUGCCCUGCCUGCACUGCUCCAUAAUACCAGAUAUAACCAGUAUGUAGCCUACGAACAGGAAGCUACCCCUCGCCCUGCCUGCACUACUCCAUAUUGUCCACAAGGAGGCGGUGUUGUCAGCUCCUUGCUGUACGGUUUUCUGCUUGUUCUUUCAGUCUUCUACUUUCUGUUUGAGAAUAGUACAUGGACAGAUGGGUGCUAAAAGGGGGAAAUAGAAACAUGUACAAAAUAUGGAGUAACAUGAAGUACAGUGAACUCUGUAGCUCAGCUGGUAGAGCACGGCGCUUGUAACGCCAAGGUAGUGGGUUCGAUCCCCGGGACCACCCAUACAAAAAAAAAAAAAAAAAAAAUGUAUGCACGCAUGACUGUAAGUCGCUUUGGAUAAAAAGCGUCUGCUAAAUAGCAUAUUAUUAUUAUAUUAUAACUCCUGAUAAAUUCAAUGGCUUUGGACUGUAAUAUGUGAGAGCUAACUGGAACAUGCACAUAUCCUGUAUGUAUCCAUGAUGUAUUUGAAAUGGGACUAUUGAGCUACAAUGCACUAAUGGAGUUUUUGCACUUCUACAAUGCGCACUUAUCAGGAAUCAACUGUACUUUAAAUCAUGAUACUGUAAGGUCUUUUAAAAAUGAAGUAGAAAGGCUAGCGUGAUGUUUUUGAAUCACAUUUGUCUACUAGGGUUUAGGGAAUGCCUUUCCUCUUUGAUUCAAUUAUGACAAUUACAUGAUUUACCUGUA